UUACUUAAGCAGCAGCACAUCCGCGUCCUUGUAGUUCGCCCUCACUGUAGGAGAACGAAGCGGCCAACUUAAGUUAUCCUGCUCCGGUCCUUGUGUGUCCUUGUGCGUGCUCAUCUCUCCAGAGUGACCUAGACCAAGUGGAUUGUCUUGUUGAGGUUUUUAUUAUCGAGCUUUCACGUGAUAAUCAUGAUGGACGUCAUAAUGCGCCGGUGUCCUUUCCUGGCUCGCGUGCCACAGGCCUUCAUGCAGCAGCAGCCGAGGAACUCUUUGGUCGCCUACGCCCAGCAAUGCCCCAUUAUGAUGGAGUUGGCCUCCAAACCCAUGGCCCCGCCCUUGGCACGGGCCCUGUGUACGUCGUCCUCUUCUCGCCAGAAGACCGAGAACAACACCACUGCUGAAGGCCCCAAAGCGGAGGUGGAGACCAAGCUGCCUGCUGGCCACUCUAUGCUGUCCUCUGGUCAGGCUGUGGCCUCCAAAUGCCCCUUUCUGGCGGCGGAGAUGGGCCAAAAGAACAGCAGCGUGGUCCGCCAGGUUGGCAUGGAGUUCCAAGAGGAUGUUCAGGAAGUCCGCACUGUUCAGAAAGAGGUGUCUCCUGACCAGCUGAAGAAGCCGUCCAUGACCAGCACCAGCGAGGGCCUCAUGAAGACCCUCUUAAAGCAGCGACCCAAGAUGGUGUCUCACUUGCUGCAGGACAACUUGCCAAGCAGCUCGUCUCGCUUCCACUACGACGGCUAUUUCGAGAAGAAAAUCGAAGAGAAGAAGAGCGACCACACUUACCGCGUGUUCAAAACAGUCAACCGGUUGGCGAGUGAGUUCCCCAUGGCUGAAGACUUCACCGGCUCCUUGGAAGACAAGAGGGAGGUGUCUGUUUGGUGCAGCAACGACUAUCUGGGCAUGAGUCGACACCCUUGGGUGGUGCAAUCGAUAAUGGAUACGCUGCGAAAGCACGGCUCCGGUGCAGGAGGCACUCGGAACAUUUCCGGGACCAGCAAGUUCCAUGUGGAGCUUGAACAAGAGCUGGCGGACCUCCACAAAAAGGACGCAGCGCUGCUCUUCACUUCCUGCUUCGUGGCCAACGACUCCACCCUUUUCACUCUGGCCAAGAUGCUGCCAGGUUGUGAGAUCUACUCCGAUGCGGGCAACCAUGCGUCGAUGAUCCAAGGAAUCAGGAACAGCGGAGCUAAGAAGUUCAUUUUCCGCCACAAUGACGUCGCUCACCUCCGAGAGAUGCUGCUGACGGGAGAUCCCACGAAACCUAAGAUUGUCGCCUUUGAGACUGUCCAUUCCAUGGAUGGUGCCGUGUGCCCGCUUGAGGAGAUGUGCGAUGUGGCUCAUGAAUUCGGCGCCAUCACAUUUGUAGACGAAGUCCACGCUGUGGGUCUAUACGGCGCGAGGGGAGGCGGCAUUGGAGAUCGUGACGGCAUCAUGCACAAGAUGGAUAUCAUCUCAGGGACUCUGGGCAAGGCAUUCGGAUGUGUGGGGGGCUACAUCGCCAGCACCUCCUCCCUGGUGGACACGGUCCGCUCUUACGCCGCCGGCUUCAUCUUCACCACCUCGCUGCCGCCAAUGCUGUUGAGCGGCGCCAAGCAGUCCAUUCAGGUCCUCAAGGGCGAGGAGGGCCGCAUGCUGAGGCGCAAACACCAGCGCAACGUCAAGCUGCUCAGACAGAUGCUGAUGGACUCCGGGCUCCCCGUGGUGCACUGCCCAAGCCACAUCAUCCCCGUGCGGGUGUCCAACGCUGAAAAGAACACGGAGGUUUGCGACCUCAUGAUGAGUCGCCAUAAUAUCUACGUGCAGGCCAUCAACUAUCCCACCGUGGCAAAAGGGGAGGAGCUUUUGCGCAUUGCACCAACACCUCACCACACUCCUGAGAUGAUGAAAUAUUUUGUUGAGAGGUUGGUGCACACGUGGAAGGAGGUGGGCCUGCAGCUGAAGCCUCACUCGUCAGCUGAGUGCACCUUCUGUCAGCAGCCUCUGCACUUUGAGCUGUUGAACGAGAGAGAGAAGUCAUACUUCAGCGGCCUCAGCCACCCUAUCUCAGCCCACGCAUAAUCAAUCGUUGUUUCCAUCGUCAACGUCGGGCUCCAGAUGGCACAAACACGCCCAGCCCAGUCCUAUACAUGUCGUGAUGUCUCAUACAUUAUUUAACAUUAUAAAAUACUCUGGUUCUAGAUUAUAUAUGCUUCAAAUAAAAUAUGAGCUGGAAACUUU